UUGAAAAACCUUUUGCUUUGCUUGAAACUUCAUAUGACGGCUGAUAAAGGAAUCAAAUAUUUGUUUUUUUACUAACAUGUAAAACAUUGUAUAUAAUCAAUGAAUUGAAGACUAUCUAGCUUUCUCUUUUUAAGUGAAUAUAUAAUUGUUAGCUUUGCACACUAAUCUGAAUGAUGUUUGAACUGACAAAGAACAGAUAACGUGCAAGAUUCCUUAUAUAAUGGCUACUGGUAUACGGUUACGCCCGAAAUUAUUUAUACUCCUGAUAGGUUUAGAUAUAUGGUGUUGGGUUUCAAAAAAACAACCAAACAAAUAAAAAAACAAUUUUGGGCUAUGUCAAAAUAAAGUGUUUAUGAUUGUGAAGCUGGUAUAUUAAAUUCUAUUUAGUUUCUUUUUACUGAAGGUCAAAUAGAAACUUUGAAUAAAUGAAUUCUUGUGACUCUUUUGAUGCAUGUUGAAGCCCUGAAUUCGACCUCUGCCUAUAACUAUUGCAACAUGAUGUUCGGAAAUUCUUUCCUCUGAAAAUGAUCAAUAAAGUUUGAAAGAAUAAUAGCAGACUAUGAGCUUUGGUGUGAUAAUGUCACAGACCUAACACACAUUUAUGUUUAUCCCUUUUGUGUGCUGCAGUACUCAGUCGAUGCAAAGAGAUCUAAUAAAAUGAAUGAAUGAUGAACGAAUAAGAGAAAACACCAAGGCUUGAUUAAAUUUACCCAAAAGAUUAUGAGAAAUUGUGUUGAGGAACCAAACUUCCACUUUGAGCUACAGUCUGAAAAGUUAACCCAUCACCAACAUAACACCAUAUCCACAGUGACCAUGUUGGGUUUCCUGACGAGCCGUCUGAGGGGUCUAAAUUGGACUGUUGUGCAGACAGUUAAGAUCCACGUGGUCACUUCUGGUCAAACCUUUGGAGCUCAUCACGACCUGCUGAACCAGCUGGAAAGGAAGUUAAAGCUGUGCCAGACGGACCGGGACAGAAAUGCCAUCACCAUGCUUUUCUGUCCAAUCACCUCUCGAGUCGGGUCUGAUGUGGAAGCAGCCAUGAGCUUGCUGUCAGGAGAUCAGAAGGUGAUUCUGGUCCUGAUGCAUCACACCAGAGAUCCCAGCUACUCCACGGCCGGGAGGGACUGGAAAGACGUCUAUCCCAACGUCGUCUCCAGUGUUCAUGUUCUCUUCCAUGAGACGGUGCCAGGAUUACUGACAUGUUCUGAAAACGACAUGGCGGUGGAUCAGAUGCUCAGAGUGUUGAGUUCUUACAGUAGUUGGAAAAUAAGUCGUAUGUUUUGGGUGAAAGUUACGAUAACCUCUGUAGCACUUAUAUGCACUUAUUAUAUGUUCUUCAAUGGUAAGAGAAGAACUAUUUUGCCCCCAAGCACAGAAAAUAUGAACCUGAAUUCAUACUGAGUUCCAGUAUGAACUCAGGUUCAACUCAGUUCAUCCCUGCACCAAUUUGCAGCCCAAUUGCAAUUUCCUCCUUUAAUCCUGAGUGUUGAAUACAGUACAUGAGGAAACCGACUUCAACCCACAUGCUGAAAACAUGAAGUAUCAGUUUAGUUUUUGUUGUAGUUAUAUGUUUUUCAUGGGGUGCAUUUUUAUAAAAAUCACUAACAAGUUUGGUUUAAUUUAAAUGCAUAUUAUCUGAAGAUUAUGUAUUAUUGUUUACACUGACUCUCUUUGGUUCUGAGUUCAGUUUGGACCAAUUUAAUGAUUCAUAUGGAAGAUUAUGAUCUGAGACCUUUGUCACUGAGAAAGCUCUGGUAGAUCUAUUUGUUGGGGUCGUUUGAACACUUUUUGCAACCAGUAGACCAAAGACCCUUUCAGAUCAUAGAUCCUCAAUAAAUGUGCUGCACAAACCAGCCAUCACAGACAUCAUUGACCCAUGUAAAGGAGUGAGACUUGAAACCAUUCAGUGUUCUAAACCAAAUUGCUAUGUGUCAUCCUCAAUAUGUCUGUUUCUCUUGACCAUAUUUCUCAAAUUAGACAGCAUGACGUCACACUUGUUCUGCAAAAGCUCAUAUUGACCCCGUUCUCCAUCGUGGUGAUUAGGGGUUCGUCUCUAAAUCUGUAAAUCAGGGGCAUAAAAAUUAGUAGGUCAAGAUUCUAGAUCAGAACUGGUGAGUUGAUCAUAAGGCCUAAUGAACAUCUGACAAUGGCUGAACAAAAGAACGAUCUGAAAGGGAUUUAUGGGUCUAUAUAGAAAACUACUUUAAAUUGCAGAUUGUCAUUAUCAAAUCUACAGCAGUAAGCAACACUGUUUCCCAAAGAUGUGUAUGAAGCGAUGUGCUAAUGGUGCAGAAGUGAAAUGAUCAAAUGCUUAAUAAUAAAAAGCCUGAUGCUAAAAGUUGCAUGGUUUAACUGUUUGCUGUUUUUAACGUUUAUUUUCUUGAUUGUUUUUGCUGUAGUACAGAUGAAUGUGUACAUGUUUGUUUUGGGGGAAAAGCAUCAAAUUUAGCAAACUGCAUAAAAAGGUAACAACAGGUUGUGACUGGGCUUUUUGCUGAACAAGUUGGUUUUAAAGAAUCGACUUCAGAAGAUGUGAACAGAAAAUCCUGCAAUAUGAGCAAAGUUCUUUUUAUUGGACAAGUAGAUUUCUGAUAAAUGUAUUUACUUUUGUGUUUAUUUUUUUGACAAAAAAUGCCAAUUUAUUCAAUUAAAGCUGCAAUAUGCAGCUUUUGCAUGCUUAGUUUUGUUUGCACAUGUAAAAAUAUCAAAAUAAAAUUUCAAUG